AAUUAAUAGAAGAGUUCCCUCUCCAUUUCUCUCCCUCCGUGGAAAAUGGAAUUAGGUGCAGGAAUUUUUUGUCCUUGCCAGCAUAUUAGAAGCUCAUACAGGGAAAACAUAAAUAACCCUUUAUAACACGCAGAUUUGAUAUAUAUCUACUUUGCUGAAGGUCUUGUAAUUCUAGAGGCAUUUACGGAAGGUGGAGUUUGACUUUUUUGGAAAAAAGUUGUCAGCUGUGGAGGUUACGGAAGGUCAAGUUUUUGAAUGAUUAGAGUUUCUGUUACCUCUACAACACUGCAUGUUUGUUGUAGGCUUUUAAUUGAGACUUUCUCUUGGGGUUUCCAUCACCGAAUGGAAUUGGAUCUUUCAUCUCAGAUCAACUCACUCUUGCUGGGUUUUGAUUGGUUUGAGUGGUUUUCUAAUUCUAUGUGGGAAAAGUUUGAUUUUUCUUGAUUCAACCCUUCAAUUGUUGUUGAUGGGUCUGAGGAAAUCUAGUUCCUGUGGUUCUGUGAUUAGUCUGAGAAGGUUGUUUGGGGACCACCCUUUUGGAUUUGAGGCUUGUUCUCAGAUAGGUAGUGGAUAAAGUGAUUUUGUAAGUGCAAGGUGUUUCUAGUUUUCUUCUGAAGGUUUUGGGGAAUAACAUGGAUGAGGAUAGCAGCAAUUCUUGGAUAAGGAGGGCUAAAUUCUCCCACACAGUGUGUCACAGAUUGGACUACUCAAGUUCCAGGUUAGGCUCUUUCAGCAUUCAGCCAAGGGUUGAGCACAAAUCUGGUCUGAAAUCAAGGCCAGGAAAAACAGCUCCUGUAUCUCAGGCUUCACAGGUUCAGAAAAAUCCCAUAACAAACAAGCAGAGAGCUUUGUCCCCUUUGCCUGAAAGCUUUAUCUCUGAUACCUUUAAGGAAGCCAGGCAUGAACAGAAGAGGUUCUCAACACCAGGUCCACGGAGGAAAGAGCAAGAUAAGAGAAUCAUGGGAAAGUUACUGAACAAGGAUUCUCAAGUGUCCAAUUCUAAAUCCCCUUAUAACAGUCCAAUUAGCCACUUGGUAUCAAUGAAAUUAAGCGACAAGUCGAAGCAGCGUAAGGAAUCUGGAUGGACAAAGUAUUUUGACCAUGGUGGAGGAAAGGUUACUGCUGUGGAAACUGCUGAGGAAUGGAAUGUUGACCUCUCUAAGCUCUUUGUUGGUGUUAGGUUUGCUCAUGGGGCUCACAGUAGGCUUUACCAUGGCAUGUAUAAGGAUGACCCUGUUGCUGUGAAAAUUAUCAGGGUACCAGAUGAUGAUGAAACCGGAUCAUUGGCUGCUCGGUUAGAGAAACAAUUCAUUAGAGAAGUCACACUUUUAUCUCGUCUCCACCAUCAAAAUGUUAUAAAGUUCGUAGCAGCUUGCAGAGAGCCGCCUGUUUACUGUGUUGUCACAGAAUAUCUGUCAGAAGGUUCCUUGAGGGCAUAUUUACAUAAGUUGGAGAGAAAAACCAUUCCUUUACAGAAGCUGAUUGCUUUUUCUCUUGACAUUGCCCGUGGAAUGGAAUAUAUUCACUCUCAAGGUGUUAUUCACCGAGACCUUAAACCAGAGAAUAUCCUCAUUAAUGGGGACUUUCACCUUAAAAUUGCUGAUUUUGGCAUUGCUUGUGAGGAAGCAUACUGCGACUUGUUUGCUGAUGAUCCUGGUACCUAUCGUUGGAUGGCACCCGAGAUGAUCAAACGAAAAUCCUAUGGGAGAAAGGUUGAUGUAUAUAGUUUUGGGCUUAUCUUAUGGGAAAUGGUGACUGGAACGAUACCAUACGAGGAUAUGACCCCCAUCCAGGCUGCUUUUGCAGUGGUAAAUAAGAAUUUAAGGCCAGUUAUUCCUUCAAACUGUCAACCUGCUAUGCGAGCUUUAAUUGAACAAUGCUGGUCCUUGCAUCCGGACAAGAGGCCUGAGUUCUGGCAGGUUGUUAAGGUAUUAGAGCAAUUUGAAUCUUCGCUUGCUCGUGAUGGAACGCUGGUUCUGGUGCAAAACCCUUGUUGCCAAGAUCAUAAGAAAGGGCUUCUCCAUUGGAUUCAAAAGCUUGGUCCUAUGCAUCAUAAUAAUGGUCCUGUGCCUAAACCCAAAUUUACAUGAAUCUUCAAAGUGGCCUGGCUUUUGUAGUACACCAGGUUCAUUGUAAUUAAUAUUGAAUGGUUUGGAAAACCCAAAAGAAAAACCAAAGGUUUGUUUUUUGAGGUUCUCUGGGUGUAGUCAUCUUUAUAAUGUUAAUUGUGAGAGUGAAUUGAUUGGUAGGCCUGUACAUUGAGGUGAAAGCAUCUUUUAUUUUUACUGUUGUGUAUACCAACAAUUAUAAUUAAGUAAUUUCACUAGGUUAAGAGUAGUUUAUUUUUUGAGGGAUCGCAAUUUCCUGUUUAUUUGUAAGGUAUUGUAUUUUUAGUUUCUUUAUUGUCAUAGUUUUGAUUUUAUUUUGUGUCGUUUUUUUUAACUGAUGCAAUGAACCCUGCAUACCUGACCGGUGAGAGUUAGUUCAUAAUUGCAUAUUUUGCUUUCUUUGUAGUCCUGUUUUAUUCUUCCAUUACGAAAUUGAAGUACUAUCUUCAGAAGACUGCCUUAGACACAAUCAGAAUGGUGGAAUCAACUUUGGAUAUAAAAUUUGAUGACUAACACUUGACAGUUGAAUCAAUUAUUCAAUUUAUUAUAUGUUUAAAAACACUUUGAACGUAUAAAUUAUAAAUAGUAGCGUUAAAGUAAAUGUGAAUUUAUAAUCAUUCAAAUGUGAAACUAAAUUUGCAUUUAAUGAUACGAAUGACAUGGCUAGCUAGAUUCAAUUGAAGGGAAGACAUGAUGGUGGGUUAAAUAAUCAUACAAGAUAUUUGUUGAGACUCAAGGGUAUUAAAGUAAUUUAGAGGAUUUAUGCAGCUGAUAUGGAUUAACACUAACUGUUGAUUUUUCCUCCAUAUCUGAAUCUCUCAGUAUUCAGUAACUUACUGCACAGGUAGGUUUCGGCAUGCAUGUGACAUUAAAGUUGGUGUUAUGGGGUUUUGCUUUUGGGGGUUAUGCAACAUACUCUGCUUUCUACUAUUUGUGACUUUAACCAACUACUUGUGCAAUAUGUUAUUCUUUCAU